AUGCCCAGAGGAAAGACGACCAACCCCUCAGGCAGAUGCAAUAGGUGUGCUGGGAUUCUUUAUGUCGAUCUGGUGGAACACUUCAAGAAGAGACACAAGGGAGAUCGAUUCACCAAGGAUGAUAUUUCAGACACGGAGGUGGUGUUACUCUCCAGCUCAAAGGGCCGCUCGAUAUCUCAGCAACUCAUUGACACCUGCCCCUUCGACAGCAUCUCUUUACUCUCCAGCUCAAAGGGCAGCUCCAUAUCUCAGCAACUCAUUGACACCUGCCCUUCGAUAGCAUCUCUCCUUGAAGCAUCCCCUUGGAGAUCCACUCUAAAGACCCCCAGUCGUUUCAGCAGUCCGCUCAGCUCGGCGCACUCUGCAUCUGGCCAUGUCCCACCAGCUAACUCCACGUCAUCCCCUCUGAGUUCAGUCGUGGGAACGCCCAGUCUGAGUCCUGCAAGUACCCGUCGGUCAUCUCAGUCUCUGUCACCCAACGGUCUGUCCAUCAACCACUUGCAGAUCAACAGCUCACCACUCACUCCCACCCGUAGGUCCUCCUCCAGAGUUACCAAUCCCGUCCUCUAUGUAUACGAUGAGGCGGAUGAUGACGUAUUCAGUCAUGGUCAGGAGACGGAAGUGUAUGAAGAGGACGGGGCUGGUAAAGAAGUAGAAGAAGAUGACGACGACGAGGAGGAGGAGGAGGAGGAGGAGGAAGAGAUCGAGGAUGAGGCUUAUUGGGAGAGAAAGCGGGCCAAGGAGAUCGAGGAUGCAGCCCAGGAUGGGGAUGACAGACCAUGGUCCGAUGAAGAGAAUGAAGAGGAACGAUCAGUGAUGAGUGACGAUGGAUCAUAUCAAUGGCAGCCAGAAGAAGAUGAAUCGGACCAAGGGGGAUGGAUAUAG